AUGAUGAACUCGCAGCAUCUCGCAUUGGGAACCGCAGAGAGACAAGAGAGAGUAGACAAGGAAUACUCUUUCAUCGAAGCCCUUUCUCUUGGACCCCGGGAGUCCUUUUCCUUGGUAUCCAAAGAAGCGCUCGGUCUCCCCUCAUCCCCCAGCACCCCGUCCCUGCCCAGCUCGUUGACUCGUCCGAGGACUCCUCCUCCUCAACAACAACAACAUCAUCACCUCUUCCCGGGCACGCCCCAGCAGCACCAGACCCUCCUUCAGCAGCAGCAGCAGCUCCUCCAGCAACAACAGCAGCAGAUACAACAGCUACAGCUACAGCAACAACAGCAGCAGCGCAUCUACUCAAGCGCCUCGUCGCUCUCUCAGCACUCCCAGCUCUACCCUAGCCCGCUGCCUCGAUCCCUCACCACCAAGAAGAGCAACGUCAUGGCCAACUCAACCAAGGCCCAGACGGCGUGCCUCGAGCUCUGCCACAAGACGACGGCGCUCGGCGACCGCAUCUCGGUCCGCAUGCUCGAGUAUCUGACCAUGCUCACCAAGCAGCCUCACGGCCUCGACGUUCUGGCCCACGACUUCCUCGACACGUGCGAAAUCCUCUUCUCUAUUGAAGCAGGUCUCGGCGAGUGCAUCCGCAAUCAGCAGACCUUCCCCGGCGAUGUCAUCUCAGAGCUGAGCAAGAAGUUCCGCGUCACCCAGGCCGACUUCCAGCUCCUCGACCAGAUGCUGGGCAAGUUCCUCGAGAACGAGCGCAAGGGCGCCAUGGGUCGCAUGCGACGUGGAUGGGGACGAAUCUUUGGUGACAAUGAUAUCGAGAAGAUGAUCAUCGCCCUCGGCCGCACGCGCGAGAGCCUUCGCAUGAGCGCCUUGAUGUUCCAGUGGAGUCUGGGUAAUGAGAAGAUUGAGAACGAGCUUGGAAUCGGCUACACUGGCCUCGCCGCCGCCCUCGAUCGCAUGGACACUCGAGCUGGUGUCUCCCGGGCUAAGUCUGAAGGCCAUGGAUCACAGUACAGGCCUUCGUCGGCCUCUCAGCACCGCGGUAUUGAAGGCCAUAGUGUCAUCAGCACCAACCAACCCCCAUUGCCUCCUCUGCCCUGGGCCGAGCGCACCUCAUCCAUAACCCAGGAGCCUCUCAGCCCUGGCCUUGCCGACCUCCGAGUUUACGGAGGCUCUAACAACAUCAACACUGCCAGCUCCAUCAGCUCUAACGAGCGAUAUCACUCUGGAACUACCGCGACCUUUGAUCGCAUGAGCACCUUUGACGAGUCGCAUGAGACUCGCUCCCAGCACACCGCUCUCUCCGACAGCGAAGCUUCCCUCGAGGAACUCUCUGGUCUUGACCUCAAUGGCGGAACCAAGGUUGUCCGACUCAAGGCUGAUCCCUUCAGCAUGCCUCGAUGGAACCCUAGGAACACUGCUGGUGCUGAUGCCGCCAACCUCAAGAGCGCUCUCAUCUCUGCUGUCCGUGGCAAGAACCACAAGCUCAUUGAGCAGCUUCUGGAUCGCGGUGUCUCGCCUAACACUGGACCUGAGCACAUGGCUCUCAAGGAAGCCGUCAUGAACACCGACGCCGAGGCUGUCCGUCUUCUCCUGCUCUUCGGCGCUGACCCCAACGGCACUGAUCGCGAUGGUGUCACCCCUCUCUUCGCUGCUGUCGAGAAGUCCUUCCUCGCUGGCGCCGUUCCUCUCCUGAAGUAUGGCGCCGAUCCUAACUUCACUCGUGGUCCGGACAAUGAGACGGCCAUGGCCGCCGCUGCCAUCGCCAACAAGGUCAACUUUGCCCACCUUCUCCUCAUCUAUGGUGGCGACCCCAACCAGCUUACGGCUACUGGUGAGACUCUUCUCAUCAGCGCCAUCAACAAGAAGACGCCCAAGAAGUUCAUCGACCUCAUCCUCGACUACGGCGCCGACCCCGACGCCAAGAGCAGAGAAGGCAAGACCGCCCUCUUUGAGGCUAUCCAGAACUCCAGGGUCGACAUCGUCACCAGCCUGCUAGACCACAAGGCCAACCCCAACCUGCCUGGUCCCAAGCACAUGCUCUGGCCCGCCACCUACCAGACUGCCUGCUUGCAGGUCCUCCUCUCCCACGGAGCUGACCCCAAGAAGUGCCCUGGUAUCAUGGAACUCGCUGCCAGUGUCAACAACAUCGAGUCCGUUAAGGUCCUCCUCAACGCCAAGGUGGAUCCCAACGCGAAGAAGGACAACACAUAUACACCCCUCUGCACAUCCAUUCGUGACAACCGAAGCGACAUCUUCACUCUUCUCCUGGCCAACGGCGCUGACCCCAACAUUCCCGCCGCCGAGUACCCGGCCUUCAAGUGUAUCACACAUAACCGCCUUCACUUCCUCCCUGCUCUUGUCGAGGCUGGCGUUAACCUCAGCUCUCCCAAGGGCAUUGUCGAGACUGCUGUCAGCGUCAACAACAUGGAGGCCCUGAACUGGCUCCUCGACCAGGGCAUGAGCCCCAACGACAAGAACCCCAAGGGCCACUCCCCUCUCACUACCGCCAUCCGAGAGAACAGGAUCGAGAUGGUCGACCUUCUUUUGACCCGCGGCGCAGACCCCAACGUCCGUGGUCAGGACUGGCCUGUGUGCAUGGCCGUCCGCAACCCUCCCGUCCUCAAGCGAGUCCUCUCUGUGCUCGCCGAGCCCCGGGCCUUCAAGGGAGUCAUGGAGAUGGCCGUCGUCGCCAACCAGCUGGAUUCCGUCAAGCUGCUCCUCGCCGCCGGCGUCUCGGUCGAGGACAAGAACGGUGGUGUCUUUUCACCGCUCACCUCGGCCAUCCGAGAGGAUCGCAAGGACAUUGUCUACUUCCUCAUCAACGAGGGUGGCGCAGACAUCAACGCCCCCGGCGAGCAUCUCCCCGUGGUCAAGGCCCUGCGAAGAUACCGCGGCGACGGUGAUAUCCUGGAGUUCCUCCUGGAGCACGGCGCCGACCCCAACAAGCUGUACCGUGGCUGGAACGGUGUGAUGCAGGCCGUCGAGAACGGCGACGAGGACAUCCUUCGCCUGCUCGGCGAGAAGGCUGGCUUUGACCUCGAUGUCAAGGACGAGCUUGGCCGAAGCGUGACUGAGAUUGCCGCCUCAAGAGGCUGGGACGAGGCCGUCGACAUCCUGAUGGAGUACGCCGCCAAGCCGUCGGAGAAGGCUCACUAG